UGCCACAGAGCCCCAUGGCUGUCCCAGGCACAGCAUGAACCAGGCUGUGAAUGUUGCCACCUUGAAAGAUCUUCACUGGUCUUUGCGUACCAAACCCACAUGCUGCCUUGCUGUGGACCAUGGCAUCUACCCUGGAGAAGUUCAUUCAUUCUCUGGACCCCAAAGCCCUUCCCAGGGUCCUCCAAAUCCAGUCAGGCAUCUAUUGUCAAGGCUCCAUCUAUGAAAUGUUUGGAAAUGAAUGCUGCCUGUCAACAGGAGAAGUCAUUAAAGUUAUUGGCUUCAAAAUUAAUAAGCUCAUAGCAAGUAUCUGUGAGAAUAAUGAAAUCAGCCGAAUUUCAGCCAAAGUGGAAUUACCACUAAAUUUUCCUGGGCUUUAUAAGGUUGUGGCAGAUAAAACUCCAUAUGUCAGCAUUGAAGAAAUUACAAGAAAAGUCUCGAUUGGACCAACAAGAUUUGGCCAUCCAUGUUUCUACAGCUCUGAGGAUAUAAAGUUGGCAAACUUGACUAUCAAACGUGGUGAACAGAUCACUUUCAACUCAGUGGAAGAAGUCGAUGGAACGAUGGCUGUGAACUGUGGCAUGGUCAGAAAUAAUCAGUCUCAUUCCUUUACUUUGCCUCUUUCACAAGAAGGAAAAUUCUAUGAGUGUGAAGAAGACCAGAUAUACACCCUAAAAGAGAUUGCAGAAUGGAAAAUCCCUAAGUGCAGGAACCGGAUUGUCAAACUUUCCAAUACUUUACAAAUGUGGGACACCUCUAAUCCACUUCCAGAGAAUUUUGAUGGUUGCUUGAUUCUCACACCUGUCUAUGAAGUGCAGGCAGUAAUGAAAUUUCGAAAGGACAUAGUUCAUAUCCUCUCAGAUCUAGAUGUCGAGGUCAAGGAUAUAACAGACUGCUAUGAUAUUAGCUCUUUCCUUCAACCACUGUCUUUGGAAGAUGUAUUUGAGAGAACAAGCAAGGAAUUUCCUAUGGUCGCUGAGAUAAUGGAAGGGCCUUCAGGAGGUCAAAAACCUUAUAACUUAUUGUAUGCGGGAAAAGAGAUCAUCAUCUACAAAAAGUACCAGGCAACAAGAGUCCUAGCCUCUGAGAUCAGAAGUGAUUCCCCCAAAAGACAUUUUUUAAUUCCCAUAAGCUACAAAGGAAAGUUCAAGAGAAGACCUCGGGAGUUUCCAACUGCCUAUGACUUAGACAUAGCAAGAAGUGAAAAGGAACAGCUUCAUGUUGUAGCAACUAAAGCUUUUGAUUCCCCUCAUAAAGAGCUUUUUUCUGUUUCAGUUGGAGACCAGUUUCUAGUUCAGCAAUGCCAGACUAGUGAAGUUCUCUGUGAGGGAAGAAAGAAAGUCAUGGACGUUUUAGCCUGUGAACAAAUACUAAGUGAUACAUACAAGAAAGUACUCCUCCCUAUGUACAUGGAAGGUGGCUUUGUGGAAGUGAUUCAUGACAAGAAACAGUACCAACUUUCUGAGAUUUGCAAAGAAUUCCAUUUGCCUUUUAAUGUCAAAGUGUCCGUGAGGGACCUUUCAGUUGAGGAAGAUGUCUUGGCUGCUGUGCCUGGUCUACAGUUAGAAGAAGAAAUCACAGACUCUUAUUUGCUGAUCAGUAGCACCAGCAGUCCAAUGGAGAGCUGGGAGAUUCCUGUGUAUCGCUUAAACAUGUUGGUUCAUUUGCUCAGCAAAGACAUCCAGAUGAUUGUGCCUCCUGUGUCUAAGACAACAGUGGAAGAGAUCAGCGAAGAGCAAUAUUAUAUGGUACGACGAUACGAAACCCAAACUCUUCAUCCACCACCCAGGCCUCCCAAAAAUCCAACACUUGCACAAAACCCUAGUUUUGCAGUACCUAAGCAAGAUGUGUCUCAUGUACUACAGGCUCCACAGAAUUUCGAUGUAGACACCACCAAGAAAUUGUGCUCAAAUCAAGCUGCCAGUGUUUCGGAAUUACAAGUUAGUUGUCAGAAUGAUUUGGUGCAUCAUGAGAAUAAGAAGGACAUGACUGGGAAAGCUACAUCAGUGGAAACCAGUGUGAUUAAAGAUCUAACAAAUAAUGGACUUGGAAACUGUGAGGCAGAAAAGGGAGAGGAAGAACACAACUACGACUAUGUGGAUGAAAACACAAUUGAAAACUUAAGACAAAUAUUUCAAGGCACCACAGUCAGAAAUAAGCAUGCAUCCUCCGAAGGAAGAAGAGACAUCUGAAGCAAAAUAAUUGUGAAAUUAACUGGAAACAAGCAAGAUACGGUGUCCUUCACACAUGAAGAUUGUUCGCAACUGUAAGAAAAAGCAGCUCAUGGAAGUGUCCUUCUUGUCUCAUGAAGAGCAUAUGAGGCUGUAAUUUAACUAUGAUAAUCCCCUGAGAGGCUAAACUGCUCACUUGUCCUAAAUAAGAAGUCAAACCAGCUAAUGUAUCAUGACCCUUUGAAGACAUAAAGUUCUUCUGUACGUAUUUAUUAAUUAAUUCAGAUAAUUAUACCAAGUCUAAUCCUUCAUUCUUAUUGUACCUGAAAAUCCAGUUGAUUUUAUGAACCACUAUAGGCCAUAUACAAAAGGAACAUCCUUUACUGAAACAGCUGCAUGGUUGUUUCCUUUGGUUUUGGGAAAAGGGAAGGGUAGAAAGGGUAAUGAAGCAUUGUCUGAGGUGAACAUCCAUUUCUUAAGCCAGUUUCAUGUGCUUCAGGUUAAGGCUCAAAAUUAGAAACAGCCAGAUUCUGACAAUCUGUCAGACAAUGAGCAAUGCUUUAUCACACAAGUAGUACUGUUGUACAGUAAGUAAUUCACCCUGGAAAACACCGCCACUCCUCCCAGAGGGAAGUGCUACUCAGAACAGCCAGUGGGUGCCUAAAUUAGAUACCAUUGUCAUCUCCAUAGCUCCUUGCACAGCUUAAAUUAUCUGGAUUCACACAAGAGUUGCAUAUUUUGCUAUUGUGUUCAGUAAUUUGCUGGAAACACAGCCAGGAAGGAAGGACGGAAGUUGGAGAUGAAAGAGCAGUGUUUGUGCCAGCCCUCCCAACUGAGAAAAAGGCACGUGCUACCCUCUUUAAGAGGUCUGAAAAAGCAGUGCUAAAGAGCUUCACUUGCACCUUGUGGUACCUUGUGUUCCCACACAAGCAUGUGGGAGACGAGGCAGCCCCAGGUGCCUCCAGGCUUCAUGUGUGAAUAACCAACACUGCCCCACUGGAGAGUGGGAAUGGAAAGAGCAGCAAAAUCUCUACUCCUUUUUAAAAUAACACAAGUGUUUGCUUUGAAGAAUUUCCUUUUACUUUGUAGUUCUGAGAGUGAAAAAUAAGACCCAAAUGUGGCAUCUGAAAGCAUACAAGAGCUCCUUGGCCCAGGAGGGACCUCCCUUUGUGCCCUGCCCCUGCCCUGUGUGUGCUGAGCAGUGGCAGAGAGAGCCCCUGCUUACAGAGAUGAGCAUCUCAGUGGGUUUCUCAGCGAGCAUGUAAUUGGUGCUGAUAUUAGAGCUGUUGUAUUCCUGUCUGGGAUCGCUGUGUGCAAUCACAUGAGCUGCACAGGUAGAGUUUAACAUCUUUGGGUGGCACUGGAUCUAAUUCUCAUAUUUUGGCAGAGUGAGUCGAUAUCCAUCGUUUAUGGCAUGCAAGAAUAAGUGGGCAGCACUUUCAUAGCAAGUGCUGUGUAUCUAGAAGAGUUAAAUCUAGGGCAAGUACACAUCCCUCUGGCAGUGCUUUGACUCUCAAAUUAUUGAGAACCAAUGUGUAAAUACACAGUUGAUGUGCCAAGAGUUUCGAGGCUUAGCAGCAGCUUGAUCAGAGUGGCAUAUCCAGAAAUCCCAGACAGCAGAGUAGAGAAAGAAAACAUGUUUAGAAAGCCUAGACAUACUGUAUUUUCAGUCCUACUGGGGAGUUAAAAAGCAAAUGCUCACAGAAAUGCCUUAAUACACUUUAAAGAAAAAGUAUUUUCAAACAGACAGUAUAGUAUCUUCAGACUGGCCUAUUACAAUUCUACUGAAUAAUUAAUUUUCACUCAUGCAAAAUAAUUUAGAAUUUCUCAAUAUUGUCUCACAUUAAUUUAUUCAAGAAAAAGGUUCAUUCCUAUCAAAAUUGGUUACAAAUUAGAUAUUAAGAAUAUUGCUCAGAGUACCUUGAUUUCAUGCAUAUGUAGCAUACAGAGUUUUGCAAAUCACUAGUUAACAUGGAGGAUUGCGAGUGUGUACAAAACUUGUAACUGGCUGACAUAUCACUUGUGUGUAUUUAAAAUAUAUUUUAAGUUUUUUUCACAAAAUUUUGUAUUUCUCUUUGUAACAACUCAAAAUGGCCUGGUUUGUUAUGCCAGCAAAUGCAAUCUGGUAUUUGAAUAAAAAGAAUUUGUUGUGUAUUUUACUGACCUUUUUUUUCUUUUUCUUUCUGCUGAAUGUGAUGCUAUCCUCUGCUGGGUGUCUGAAAGAUGCAUUACUAACUCAGUUUUCCUUCAUUAAAGUACCAGAAGCCUGACUUCUGCAGCUAGAAGGGAGCAAAGGAAAGCCAACAGCCUCCUGGACUACAUUGCCAGAGCAGUGCCAGUAGGUCAGGCGAGGUGACCUUUCCCUUUUUCUCAGUACUGGCAAGGCCACAUCUGGACUUCUGUGUCCUGUUCUGGGCUCCCCAGUACAGGAAGGACGUGGACAUAUUGGAGCAAGUCCAACAAAGGGCCACGAAGAUGACUGAGGACUUGGAGCAUCUGACUUACAAGGAGAGGAUGAGAGAGCCUAGGAAAAACAGGGUACUCAUUAGUUGGUCUGGGUGUUAGGAUGGGUGUGAACAGGGUGGGAUGCAGUUGCUUUCCCACCAAACCUAAACUUCUUUCACACUUUCUAUAAAAGCAUUUGGGAUCUAGUUCGUGAAAAAAACUUAGACUUAUCAGCUCUUUUUGUAACUUCUUCCCUUUAAAAUACUUCCAAAGAAGCAUUUCUUCUUCUUCGCAUAGGUCCUGCCACAUCAAAAGUUUAGUUCUGCCACCCUUAUGAUGUGCAACAAUCUGUCUUGUGUAUUCAGCCUCAUUGAGUUCAAUAAGUUUUAUUCGAGUAGAGGUGGCAGAUUUUACGAACCUUGUAAAUAUAUUAGUUGCAGAGAUGUCUCCAGUAUCUUUUCCUCAGACAUAUAAGCCAACAUUGUAUCUCAUGACAGAAAUGAGAACUAGCUUGGCUGCUCAAUUUACAUGAUGCAGGGGGACAGUGGCAUUCAUAUUCAGUUCUUGGCAUGGAAGACAGGCUGUGCUGCUGCGCUGCAAGGAAAGGGCAUCCAGUCUUGCUGGGGAAAGCAGAAAGAAGGGAGGAGGCAUGAAGAAAAAUCCCAGCAAAAGGUUCAUGUUCAGUGUUUAAGACCUAAUAAGUAUUGUGAUUCCCUGAUGCUGUACAGAUGACCACAAUGAUUUUGUAUGUUUUGUUAAUAGGUGUUUGACAAAGCAGUCCUUGAGGGACCUCAUUAUCAUUCCCACACAUUACUGCUCAAGAAGAACGCACUCAAGAGGGGAAAGCCAUUUUCAGCUGAACAUAGACCAUGAUCACUAUGCCUGAAGAGAAUACAAGUGUAUUUAAAUCAUAAGAUAUUUGCUUUGGAAAAGAUUGGCAUAAGCUUUUGCACAGACUUGUUAGCUUAAAGGCUUAUCUUUUUUGAUGCUAAGAAGUAUUUCCAGUGUGUUCUCACUGAAGGCCUGCUCAGCAGCAGCUGUUUCUGCAGCACUCCAUGUGUGCAUAAGCCCUUAGUGAGAUGGCAUUUUCUGUUUGAAUGAUAAACAUGCACAUUUUUUAUAAAUCCAGUCUUUGUGCUUGAGAAGAUAAGAAGAAUCUUCUCCCUGCAUUCUUCUUUAAAUGCCAAGAGCUCUUCUGUUUAAAUGCAACCUGCCAAACAAAUGCUUAUCUACCACACUCUUCCAAAGAGAAGCUGCUCUUUAUUCUUGCUAUCUCUUCCUAUCUAUUCACUUAACAUGAUUUAUACUUUUCCUACCUCAAGACUGCCCAUGUGUUCCCCUAACAUAUUUUCACUUUGAUGUGUCUGUAUUGUGUUAACUUUUGGUUCCUUGACACUGCCUUAAAACUGAUAGUCUGAAGAGAGUUUUCUUGCUUCUACUUCAUGUAUUAGUUGCAGGUUGUUGCCUUUUUUUUUUUUUUCUUUUAAUUUUCCUCCCUCCUGUUUUUUAAUGCAGCUGUGUGCGGGGAACGUUCUUGUGCUUUGCAAUCAUACAUCUCUUUGAUGAGCUUUCCCUGUCUCUUUUCUUGGGUUUUUGGAUUUCCUCAGGUAGCCUUUUAUGACUCUUUCUCCAGGACUGAUAAAACGUCUGGUCUAAGUGCAGACUGCCAGCUGCCUGCAGGCUGGGCGGCAGGAGGGAUUGCCCAGCCUUUGCCUGGUUGUUGAUGCUCUUGCCACAGUCCUCUGCUGCUGGCCACCACCAGAGGGGGGAACUGGGAUGAGUGGCUCAGUCCAGUUAUUUUUAUGCUCUCAAAUAACUUUAAAUUCCUCAUGUGAGUUAAGAUUUCAGAGCACGUGGAAACCGCUACAUGAUGUCUCAAGGGCCUGAUCCCACCAGGAUUUAAGAACUGCCUGUAUGUACAAGUGCCUUGUCCCAGUGCUCUCUGUGACACUGUUCCUGCGGCUCUGGGUGCAGCACUGGUGGCAGCCAGCAGCUCAGGCCAGCCUUGGAAAGUGGCAGACCUUGCCUUGCUCUUCCUAGGGCAGCCUCGGAAGUUACAGGCUUUUGUUUCUGCAAAAGCACAAGUGACCACAUAGUCCACCUGGACCUCAGAGUGCAGAGGAAAGUUCUGAGUGGGGCUCAGAUCCACGUGGUGCUGCAGAGAUGUUGCCAGCAAAAAGUAUCUUCUUUUUUUGCCUUAAUCCAGUUGCCUGCUCUUCUUAUAUUUAGUGAUCACAUCUGUUAGUAUUUUGGAGGAUAACACUGCGUGAGAGAUGGAAACAGACUUUCUAAAAUUAAGCUUUUCUCCAGUCCGCAAGACUGGUUUAUACUACACCAUAACUGCUGCAGUCCUUUCCUAGUUUGUGCCACUCUUUUCCACAGCUAUAAAUUGUUUGCUGAAGGAAGUGAGAGACAUUAAGGACUUUAUUUCAUUGUAUUUUCUGUCCUGGGAGUUUGGUUAGGCAUGAAUCAGUUAAAAAACGUUAAAAAAUUAUCAAGUUUUUUCUAGAUAACCUUGUUACAUAAAUUGGGUCAUAUUUUAAGUAGGUAUAAAUGCAACAAAUCUUUAGUGAUUCUGCCUCCAUUUCUUGCCUGCUGAGCCCCAUUUUGAAUGACUGUCUGUGCUUCCCAGCUGGAACAGACUUUUCUAGCUGGUGUAGUCUGACAGAUCUGCAGCCCUUGGACUCUCCUAGAGUUCCUUGCCUGGGCCAGUUCUGUACUUCAUGCCAUGCAAGUUGUUCUUACGGUGCCUCAUGGUCCAUUUUUCUCAUCUGUAGUAUGGAAGAUCAGAUCCAAAAAGAGCUUAGGUUCAGAUCUCCAAGCAAAUUCAAAUUCUUAAAUCAUAUAAAAAACAUCCUAGUGUCAGGAGACCACAUGCCUCUGUGGCUAUGGGCUGUAAGCACUUCAAACUUAAAUUGAACAGAGCCCAGCAAGUGAUUUGAUGUCCAGCAUCACUGCAAAAAUGAAAUGGCAGUGGGAGAGGUGGUAUCAAGCUGGGAUUUUUCUUUGAAAAUUAAACUGAAGUAAAUUUCAGACCUUUUUCAGGUGCCAGCUAUUUGCAGUCUGUAUAUGAAGGCUCAGCAUAGGAUCAGAAAUAGACAACAUGCUCCUCCUGGAGUUACCAAGGUUAGGAUGAGGGAAAUGUUGUAAAAAGACGCUAUCACUUUGAAUCUCACUGCCUUCCAUAGCAGGAACUGGAAGUCCACAGCUCACAACACCCUCCUGAGGAGUGUCAGGCAACAUGACCUGGUCUGGAAACAUAGCUGGACAGUUAACUUUUAGGAAAUGUGGAUCUUUUUAAAUGUUGUGUACCAACAAUGAAAGUAUUUAUACUAGGUUCAGUUUUGGUUUAUUUCUGGGAGGGUCCGAAUCAACAUCUUCUACUUUCCAGCAGAACCGUCUAGCUGCCAGGUCGAAGUCUGUCCUGGGCAAGAAUGUCUUUGCCCUUCCUUCACACCUGACAGGUGUAGAGGAGGGUGCUUUUUCCCACCAUCAAACAGCAUUUUAUUAUGAUUAGGGAACAAAGGCUUGAAAGGAAGAGAGCCCAACCAAUUCUGCACAGAUUAGGAAUCAUAGGAAAGGGGAAACCCAAGAGUCCAAUUCCUGUUUGGAAAAAAAAAAAAAAAAGUUUUUCUGCAUUUU